CUCCGCAUACGAAGCUGCAGCGUGGAUUACUCAUACCUGCUUGUUUUGACCGACCGUAUUGUACCGCACGCGAAUAUGGAAUAUCAUUACGGUCCGUCGUGUGAUUCUAGAGUCGGAAUGGACGGAUAUAAUUGCGUGCGUGCUCCGAUCGCGUUCAGCCAUGGGAAACCCGUCUCGCGCGCACGUAAUGCUCAUCAAUUACAUUGAAAAAAAAAAGGAAUGAAAAAAACGGAAUUAAACGCGUCAUAAAAACGUAGGCGAAAUUUAUCGAAUACCUUGAGGAAUAUAAUCAGGGCCGUGCGUGGGUGAAGUUCGAAGAGGGGACCGAAGGUCGCGGAUGGUGGGGCUGUGGGAUCGUCCUCGCGUCAUCUACGCGAGAUCGUCGCGAUCGCGGGUAGUACGCCGUUUAGUCUUCCUCGCGCCGAUCGAGCACGAAGUUGCAAGCAGAGGUGGGCAUUAAUUCGGAUCUUGUAUCAGCACAGUGGCAAAAUGUUGUACUCGCAAGCCGCAGCCUUGCUCCUGCUUCUGUUCAGCACGGUGGUGGACGGCAGCCACUACGUCCAGUACGUUCAGUCGCGAGUACUCGCGUCUGGCGGUUGCGACAGCUACACGUGCGGCGUCAACGCGAGAUGUACGAUGAGCGAGGGACGGCCGGUGUGCUCGUGCUUGAAUCUACAUAUGGGAGACCCGCUCGCGCGGUGCGUACGAGUCGAAUGCAUAAUCAACGAAGAUUGCCCGUACAACAGGGUGUGCACGAGCAAUAGGUGCGUCGAUCCCUGCGUGGGACUGUGUGGAGUAAAUGCGAACUGUUUGACCAGAAAUCACAUAGGUACCUGCGAGUGUAUACCAGGCCACGUCGGAGAUCCGUUCUCGGGUUGUCAAGUCGCUGACCCCCAAGCCGCUUGUAAGCCGAGUCCGUGUGGGGUGAAUACCCAGUGCGAGGUGAUCAACGAGAUACCGGUCUGCACGUGUCUACCGGGUUACAGAGGCUCACCCUUGGCCGGAUGUCGUCACGAGUGCGAGAGCGACGGCGAGUGUCCUCCGCACCUCGCCUGCUCGUCGUCGUACAGAUGCGAGAGCCCGUGCAAGUGCGGCGAGAACGCGGAGUGCGAGGUCGUCAAUCAUCGUGCGCAAUGUAGCUGCCCGAAAACAUGGCUAGGAAACCCGCUCGUCGCGUGUCGACCGGAGUGCACCGCCCACUCCGAAUGCCCGACGCACAAGCCUGCCUGCCUCUAUCAGAAAUGCGUGAAUCCCUGCGACGGCGUAUGCGGCGUACACGCCGACUGCAACCUACGCGGCAUCACUCCCGUUUGCAGUUGUCCGAAACACAUGACCGGCAAUCCUUUCGUCAGCUGCAGACUGUUCGAACCGCGCGAUCUCUGCGAGCCGAAUCCCUGCGGCGUUAACGCGGUUUGCACGCCGGGCCACGACAAUACCGGGAAGGAGAGGCCGGUGUGCACGUGUCCUACCGGCUACAUCGGUAACGCCUUGACGAGCUGUCAGCGCGGGGAGUGCUUCACCGACAAUGAAUGCCCCGACAAUCGGGCGUGUAUCGAUUUCACGUGCAGGAACCCAUGCACCGGCCACGAAUGUGGCUCGAGUGCCACGUGCACGCCCCGACGUCACAUCGCGGUCUGUACGUGCCCGCAGGGGACCAGAGGCGAUGCCCUGUACACCUGUAAUCCGAUCGAGAGUAAAUCGGUGUACAAUUACGGCCGCGCCUACCGUUACCGUUACCACUAGUCACGCGCAAAAUCGAACCGAUCCCACGUUUCAAAUACUCAACGUUUUAAUACCGCGUUUUAAUUUCUAUUCCAAUUUCUAUUCGACAACAAACUUUCACGAACAAAUAUACCGCCUAUUCCUUACGCAGGUCGUGUAACAGAGUAAUAUAUAUUUUUGUAACGCUACGCUGAUAAUGUCUUCCAAAUCGUGUUCACCAUAGAUAUCACGCAAAGUGUUCUGUAUGUUUUAUAAGCUGCGGCUGGUCGCAAAUCUAAUUUCGAUCCUUAAUAAAAAUAAAAGUAUAAUACGAUUUA